UGUUUAUUUUUCAUCUUGCGUAAUAGAAUCAUGUUUCAAUUUAGGGUUUCUUUUGUUUAUCACAUAAUGAUUAGUGAGUAGUGAUAUAGGUAGGGUCGCGGGGUGAUUAGCACGCCGUGAUCAGUUCGGGUACUGCUCUUUUUAUCAAACAAUGUAAAAAUGAUUUAAGAUUGGAAAAAUACUUCCCGCGGACGAAUCUGGGCAUUGUCGGAGCCCUUGUGAACGGGGGAAUGGGGGUCCAAAACCCAUUCUCCGCUGCGCAUGGGUAUACGGCGACCCUAAGGUUUCGCAUCUUGCGGGGUAUCUUUUCAAUCCAAAAUUGAACAUUUUUAAGAAUACCAAAUUGAGCAGGUUGAUCUGGACUGGUUACGAGUGCUAUGAACCCUACGACUGUACCUCUUUUUAAUUAUUUGAAAAGAAAAGUUAUUUUUCUUAAGUUUUAGUUAAUCUCAAACAAAACAACAAGGGGUAGCUACCUAAGAGCUAAUUUUAAUUCUACAGCCCGAAUUUUUAGUCAGCACACAUCACCGUCUCUGUGGAUUCGACUCCGGACUUACCGGAUAUUAUGCUGCGUCGAUCUCCGCCCUACGCUUGGGGCAACCCAUUAAUUUAGGACUAGGAAAUCGGUCAAGCAUUUUUGGCGCCGUUGCCGGGGACGGUAACGUGUGUUAAAGAAUUCGGGUAGUUAGUUUUAUUUUUUAUUUUUAUUUUUUCUUUUUAAUUUUGUUUGAGCCAUCAUAGGUAGAGGUGCGCAAUCCUCCAUUGUAGGAAAGCAAUCACCACUAAAGCCUAAGUACUACCGAGACAAUACCAGGCGUCUCGUAGCCAUUGAGAGAGAGCCGAAAGUAAUCGUGGAGGGAGAGUCUUUUAGUGGUGAUUCUUUUGAUAUCGGUGCUCUUUUUGUUGAUUUAAUAAUUGAGCCACCAAUAGCAGAGCCACCGAUGUCGAUGCGUGCACACAUGCAUCCUGAGAGGACCACUCCUCUCAGUCCAAUAGUUUUACCAACCGAGACGGUGGAAGCACGUAAUGCUUUCACCAUUAAACCUGGUACACAUAAUGCCCUUCCCUUGUUUCAUGGGAAGGAGAAUGAGGAUCCGUAUGAGCACGUCCGUCAUUUCGAGGGCUUGGUGCGCACCCUGGCCACCACUACUCAGUGGGAGAAUGCUUGCCUUAAGCUUUUCCCAGCCUCGCUCAGGGACAAUGCAGAUAAGUGGCUGCGGAUGCAGAAGCCACAAUCUCUCACGACGUGGGCUGCUGUCCGAGAUUUAUUCUACAAGAAAUAUUUCUCGGAAAGUAAAUCGAAGUACCUGACUCGCCAAAUCCAAUCGUAUAAGCAGAAAGAGGGCGAGUCGUUUUUAAGGUGCUGGGAGCGGUUCAAGGACUUGUUGUUGUCCUUACCACAUCAUGGUUUCAUGAAACACCAGUUGGUGUCAUUUUUCUAUUUGGGCUUGAAUGUUGCUACGGUCCAACAAAUGGAGUACCUCUGUAAAGAGGAGGAUUUUCUAGAUAAGUCCCCGGACGAUGCGUGGGACUUUCUCGAAGAGUUGGCCGAGAAGCACCGAAGUUGGGAACCUUCCGACCUCGGUGAUAGGGCCAUGGCUGCACAGGGACCCAGUGGGUCUGGCAUUUUUCCUUCUAGUGUGCGAGAGCACAAUGUCCAGUCUCAGCUGGACAAGAUGGCUAAACAAUUAGAGGACUUGAAGCUUAAGCAAGUCCAUCAGGUGAAUGAGGUGAAAGUCGAAGAGGUGUGUGCGUUAUGUGAGUGUCCGGGGCAUCUUGUCACUGCUUGCCCCGCAUUUCCCAUUGUCAAAGACGCAUACCAUAGUAACCAGGCUGAGGUGAACGCACUUAACCAGCGUUGGGAUCCUUAUUCAAAUACCUACAAUCCAGGGUGGGCCCAAAACCCACUUUUGAGUUGGAGGGAUCAAAAAGCCCCGGUGCAACCCCAAGCACCACCUCAGCCACAAGUUCAGCAAUUCCGGCCUCCUCAAGGCCAAAUGACCCAAUUUCGUUACCCACCUCAGCAGCAGCAGGGGUUCGGUCCUUCAUCUUUUGGACCACCCCCAGGCAUAAACCAUCCCCCGCGGGAUAAACAGACUGAUGAGAUGAUGAAGGCUCUCAUGCAGUCUCAGUUAAGCUUCACUGAACAAACCAAACAGGCAAUUGGUGACAUUAGGACCCAAUUGACCCAGUUGACGGCGGCAGUUGGACAAAUCCAACAGGAGAAGGGAAAGUUUCCUUCUCAACCUUUAGUCAAUGCCGCUGGUACCCAUUAUGUGGGCGAUUCUUCUGGCCCAAGUAAUCCGAAUCUCAGUCUGGAAGAUGCUAAAGCGAUCACCACUCUCAGAAGUGGGAAGGUGAUUGACAAAGAUUUGCCCCCAAAGCAGAAAUCGGUGCCACCCUCGGUGCCGGUAGCUAUUCCAGCAAUCAUUCCAAACUUGGGAAGUGUUCCUGAAGUAGAGAAAGAGGCGGAAUCUCCUGAAGUGGUGGUGCCUGCAACUGCGGCCCCCACGACUCCAAUGCCACCCGUUGCUCCAUAUCCAAAUCGCUUGGUGGCGAAACCUAAGGUCAAUGUGAACUUUCAAAUGCUUGAAUUAUUCAAGAAAGUUCAGUUUCCAAUCUCUUUGAUGGAAGCCAUUGACGCAAUUCCUCAGUUUGCUAAGGUUUUGAAGGAUCUAUGCACGUCAAAGCGGAGAACUAAGGGUCAGGACAAAGUGCUUCUGACGGAGCAAGUGAGCUCCAUUCUCCAAACUGAGAUCCCCACCAAGUGUAAAGACCCUGGUUGUCCCACCAUCCCUAUAGCGAUCGUAGGCCAAAAGUUUGAUAAGGCUUUGCUGGAUUUAGGAGCGAGUGUCAACCUGCUCCCCUAUUCAGUAUACUUGAAACUUGGCUUAAGCGAUUUGAAAGCCACACCGGUCACGCUGCAGUUGGCUGACCGGAGUGUGAGAAUUCCAAAGGGGGUGGUGGAGGAUGUUCUAAUUCAAGUGGGCGAGUUUCUUUUUCCAGUCGACUUCAUUGUCCUGGAUACAUGCCCAAUACCAGAGGUCUUUGAAAAGACUCCUAUCAUCCUAGGCCGUCCAUUUUUAGCCACCUCCAGUGCUGUCAUGAAUUGCAAAACUGGACAAGUCCAAUUGUCGUUUGGGGACUUGAAAAUGGAGGUGAAUGUUUUCAACGUGGAUAGCCGGGUUGAGGAUGAUGAGGAGAUAUAUGAGGUGAGUUUGAUCGACACGCUGGUACAAGAGCAUGUCGAUAGUGUGUUAUACAAGGAUCCUCUGGAGAUAACCUUAACCGCCGAGGAGGCGUCAUUUUUAGAUUCUCCAGAUGUAGGAAGUUUAAUGGAGAUGCUUGCAGUGGAGGAUGUGUGUGGCGCCGCUUGGAACCCAGUUCUUGAGCCGCUGGGCGCCCCAUUUCCUACAGCUUUCCCAUCGUCUGUCCAGCCACCUAAACCAGAGCUAAAGCCUCUGCCGGACACACUUAAGUAUGCCUUCCUUAAAGGCGAUGAUACUUUUCCGGUUGUGAUCUCUUCAUCCCUUGAGGAAGAUCAAGAGGCUAAGUUGCUUACCAUGUUGAGAAAGCACGUGGGUGCGAUAGGCUGGACAAUAGCAGAUUUGCAGGGUAUUAGUCCAACGGUGUGUACACACCGCAUUUUUCUAGAUGAGGAUGUGAAGCCUACUAGGCAACCUCAGCGUCGUCUGAACCCCAAUAUGAAGGAGGUGGUUCGGGCUGAGGUGCUGAAGCUUUUAGAUGCGGGUAUUAUUUACCCGAUAGCCCAUAGUGAGUGGGUGAGCCCAGUGCAGGUGGUGCCUAAGAAAGCAGGAGUGACCGUCGUGAGAAACGGCGAGGGCGAACUAGUGCCGACCCGUGUUCAAACCGGGUGGCGAGUUUGUAUCGAUUACCGGAAGCUCAAUGCGAGCACCCGGAAAGACCAUUUCCCUCUCCCAUUCAUUGAUCAAAUUUUGGAGAGGGUGGCUGGCCGGGCAUUCUAUUGCUUCCUGGAUGGGUACUCUGGCUACAAUCAGAUUGAGAUAGCCAUGGAGGAUCAGGAGAAGACCACCUUCACGUGCCCUUAUGGUACGUUUGCCUACCGUCGCAUGCCCUUUGGCUUGUGCAAUGCUCCCGGAACCUUUUCAAGGUGCAUGAUGGGAAUUUUUAGCGACAUGGUAGAGAAGAUCGUGGAGGUGUUUAUGGAUGACUUUUCAGUUUUCGGGGACUCGUUUGACGAAUGCCUCGAGAACUUAGGAAAGGUCUUGCAACGGUGCGAGGAAAAGCAACUUGUGCUUAAUUGGGAGAAGUGCCACUUCAUGGUGACCCAAGGGAUUGUGUUAGGACACAUUGUCUCAUCCAAGGGUAUUGAGGUGGAUAAGGCGAAGAUUGAUUUGAUCGCAAAUCUUCCCACUCCAAAGUCUGUAAAAGACAUUCGAUCUUUCCUCGGUCACGCCGGUUUCUAUAGGCGUUUCAUUAAGGGAUUCAGUGCUAUCUCCCGGCCGUUGUGCCAUUUACUGUCAAAAGACACGCCCUUUGUAUGGUCCGAGGCGUGUAAGGAGGCUUUUCAGACAUUGAAGCGGAGUCUCACUACUCCGCCGAUUGUUCAGCCUCCAGAUUGGAGUUUGCCAUUUGAGUUGAUGUGUGACGCCUCCGACUAUGCAGUCGGAGCGGUUUUAGGGCAGAGGCGAGGGAAAGAGCCAUGCGUCGUUUAUUACGCGAGCAAGACGCUAAAUGAGGCACAAAUGAACUACACCACUACCGAGAAGGAAUUGCUCGCGGUGGUGUUUGCCUUAGACAAGUUUCGGUCCUACUUGGUGGGUUCGCAGAUUGUGGUGUAUACCGAUCAUGCGGCCUUGAAGUAUUUGAUGACCAAGCAGGAUGCGAAGGCUCGCCUUAUCCGGUGGAUUCUUUUGCUGCAAGAAUUCCACCUUGUGAUUAAGGAUAAGAAAGGGGUUGAGAAUGUAGUAGCCGACCACCUGUCUCGUCUGGAGUUUGAGGACCCCACCUCUCAUCUCCCCAUUGUGGAUUCUUUCCCUGACGAGCAGUUGUUCGCUGCUAAUGUGUGCCCAUGGUUUGCAGAUAUCGCCAAUUAUUUGGUGACUGGGCAAAUUCCACCCCAUUGGUCCACAGCUGAGAAGCAGCGAUUUUUGAGAGAGGUCAGGCAAUAUAUUUAUGAUGAUCCAUAUGUGUUCAAGUAUUGCGCGGACCAGAUAGUGCGCCGGUGUGUCCCCGAAACUGAUAAAAGGGGAAUUUUAGAGUUUUGUCACACCGAGGCGUGCGGAGGUCAUUUCUCCGCAAAGAAGACCGCCGCCAAGGUCAGUGAGUGUGGUUUCUUUUGGCCGAGUCUUUUUAAGGAUGCAUACGUCUUUUGUAAGUCGUGUGACCGGUGUCAGAAAUUAGGCAAGGUUGGCCCGCGGAAUAUGAUGCCCCUACAAAACAUUUUUGUGAUAGAGGUCUUCGAUUGUUGGGGUAUUGAUUUCAUGGGCCCGUUUCCGGUGUCAUACGGUUAUGAGUACAUCCUCCUGGCGGUGGAUUACGUUUCCAAGUGGGUUGAGGCAAUUCCCACUAAGACCAGCGAUUCUAAGGUCGUGCUAGAGUUCUUGCGAACUAACAUUUUGUCAAGGUUUGGCAUGCCACGUGCCAUUAUCUCUGAUCAGGGCACACACUUUUGCAAUAGGUCUUUUGGGGCGUUAAUGAACAAGUAUGGCAUCUCUCACAAGGUGUCUACUGCUUAUCACCCUCAAACCAACGGUCAGGCUGAGCUAGCAAAUCGCGAGAUUAAGGGGAUUCUAGAGAAGACCGUGAACCCGAAUAGGAAGGAUUGGUCACUUCGGUUGACUGAUGCCUUGUGGGCCUACCGCACUGCUUACAAGACCGUGUUAGGUGCUUCACCCUACCGGCUUGUUUAUGGUAAGGCCUGCCACUUGCCCGUUGAGAUGGAGCAUAAGGCCUAUUGGGCCAUUAAGACGCUAAACGCGCGUUUACCUGAGGCGGGUGCCCAUAGGAAGCUCCAGUUGUGUGAGCUUGAGGAAAUUAGGAAUGAUGCGUAUGAGAGUGCGAGUAUUUAUAAGGCUAAGGUUAAGGCGUAUCAUGAUAGAAAUAUUCAGCGCAAAACCUUUAGUGUUGGUCAGAAAGUGUUACUGUAUAACUCGCGCCUUCAUUUAUUUCCUGGUAAGUUGAGGUCCCGGUGGGACGGUCCCUACGUUGUGCAUAAGGUUUACCCGAAUGGUUCUGUAGAUAUUUGUGACCCGAAAAAUAAUAAUAUUUCCAAGGUUAACGGGCAACGUCUAAAAUCAUUUUUGGAAUAUGUGGAAAUAGGUGAACCUGCUGAGGUUUUGGUCGAUCCUGUUUAUUCGGAUGACCCUGUUGUGUAGCCGUUGGGCUACGUUCCGACGGGUAGCUCUCGCGUACCACUGUCUUCACUAAGAAGUGGACCCGGCCCCUAGCAAUAGUGGUACCCAUCAUUGACUUGGGUUUUGGGAAUAAUCUUUGUACACUCGUUCUUUUAUUUCUUGUUAAAAAAAAAAAAAAAAAAAAAAAAAAAAAAAAAGUAGAAUUUGGAAAAGGGAAAAAAUUAGCAUAAUGGUUUGGUAUAGCCACCUGGUCAAAGCUAUGUAUGUAGUACUUAGGAGGUUGGGUCUGACGGCAGGCACGUAGUUAGCAGCGAGAAUUCUGUCUGAACCAUCUGACUUUAAUGUCCAAACUCUGUGGAGAUUGCUUCACAAACGGAGUGGUGGGUAAGGAAUCUGGAAGCCCCAGAGGGAGUGACAGCCUAUUAGAUGAUGGCACUACUUCUCAAGAUAUCGUUGAAUCCUAUGCAUACUGUCCUUCCAACAAAUAGGGAAACACAGUCUUUGGCCAGGGAGAAAAGUAGUACCCGUGUCUUUUGCGUGAAGAAAGUGGAUGGUUUAAUUUUGUGUCUUUUAUUUUAUUUCUUGCUUUGUUUAUUUCUUUUAGUUAUUUUUCUUGCUGUCUUGGAGGCUAACAUUUUUGCAGAUUGUUCGAUCCAAGUUGGGGGGUCUCCCUCUAUCUAUAGUUUACUCUGCUUAGCCCUCCUUUUCGAGGUGAUAUCUCUCCUCUCUUUUAUGUUUCUGUCCUAUCGUUAUUUUUCAUGCUUUCAAUGCGGACAUUGACUAGUUCAAGUUGGGGAGAAGGAUCACUUUGUUCUUUUACUUACUUUUAUUUUGUCAAAAAAAAAAAAAAAAAAUAGUGGAUUUCUUUUUGCAUGAGACUUGAAAGCUGUCGAGAUUGGCUUGCGAUUGAUUGAGAUAUGGUAGUCAUUCUUUUAAUAUUGUGGUGGCAUUGUAGUUCUUUUUACUAGCUUGUCGCGAAGAAUUUGUCAUGGCAUUUAUUUUUAGCACAUUUGCACUUCACGUCUGUUUGGGCUUUGGUUACUUGUGAGUUGUGACUUGAUUAUUCUUGAUGGCUAGUUUAGUGGAGACUUAUGCCCCAUGUGAGUUUAGAGCCUUAUCUUUUCUUGGAGUGGUGUCAAAUAAACUCUUGUUUGUCAUAAAUAAAAAAAAAAAAUUCGUUGUUGAUCUCAUUAUUUUUGUCGUCAAGUGUUGGAAAUGUUUUGAAUUGCCUACUUAUCUCUUGGAUUUAGAAAGUUGCAUGGUUGUGUUGCCCAUUGGAGAGGAUUAUAGGCCAUCUUUGCUAUUUAGAGCCGGUUCGUUUCUUCAUUCACACAUUUAUCACUUAUGAACCAAUUUGAGCCUCGUGCAUACAACCUUUUUCUUGUUGAGCUCCACCAUCUAUAUUGUGUCUUGAGAAUGGUUAGUUAAUAAUGUGAAGGUGAAUUAUUGAGAGGGGGAUGAGUGGAAUUGUGAAUUGAACUUUGAUUGUUGGUGAUCUUUCCCAUUCAAAAGAGAAAAAGAGAGAGAAAGACAAAAAGGAAGGACACACCAAAAUUAUUGUAGAAGAAGAAACAUUUGUUCUUAAUGUGAGAUUGUAUUAAAGAGUUAGGGAGAGAAAUAUGGUGAAGUUGAAAAGAGAAAAAGAAAAAAAAAGAAAAAAAAAAAAAGAAAAUAAAGAAAGAAAGAGGGAACGCAUCGUUAUAUUUGUCCUAUGUGAGUUGUGGUUAGUUUAUUCUCAGACACUUGAAUGUUUUACCCUAACCUUGAAAUACUUUCUCUUACCUAACGUUAUAACCAGAAUGAAAGUCCUAUUUGAUCCUAGGGGCAAUGGGCUGUGAAUUGGUGGAUAGAAAGAGUUUUCAAUACUUGGCAUUCCGUUCAUGAGAUCGUGUAUCCACUUUGUAGAGCUUUCUUUUUGUGUCAACUUGUGCAGAGCAUUUUGCUUUCAGUUACAUAUUUCCGACUGCACAUAUUGAGAGUAGUAUGCACCUUGUUUCGAGUGAUUUCAUUUGUUGAGUGCAUGACACGGUGAGAUUUGAAGUCGAGACUCGGUCCGGAGAGAAUUUUUGAUUAUUUUUCACUAGUAACCGAAGCCCUUGUUCACACACGCUGAGUAUAGGUGCCAUGACUUAUUUUUCUGACUUGAUAGUAUCUAGAACUGUUUAUGCC